GGAAUUCACAUGCAAGAAGAGCAAUUACAUGGACAGUCCAAAUCCCAUCCCAAAAUCCUUCCCAGAAGCCCGGGACUGUCGCCGUCGCAAGCGCUUACAACUGGGCCCGCUUAAAAGUCUGGCGACCUGUGGGUCUCGACCCAACGCGCCUCAGUCCAUCUGCCAUCAGUUCCUUUCAGCGUCAGCUGCAGGAAUUUUGCACGUGUCGGCCUGAACAAAAGCACAUGCGACACCACCAUGGGCCCCAAACAGGUCACCCGGCCAGACGCCGCCUCCCAGGCCGCUGGAAAGAAGCGUCAGGCUGGUGCUGCCGACCAUGACCACCAGCCGGGCAACGGCAACGGCAACGGCCGGCCCAACAAAAAGGCCAAGGCCCGCGUCGACCGCAGCAUCGCCGUCCAGGCCUCGGCCGCCGACGCCCUGACCCCCGACGGCGAGGUGAACCUGCCCCACUUCCUCGAGGCCCUGCACCACAGCAUCGGCGGGCUCGAGGCCGCCAUGCGCCGGAGCAGGGCCUCGGGCACCAGCCGUGCCUUCCAGCAGGUGCCCCGCGACCUACGCCGCCGCACCGCGAGCCACAACCCCAAGCGCGUGCCCGCCCGCCUGCGUGUCCGCGCCAAGGCCGAGAUGGCCGCCGACAACACCCCCCUCAAGCCCAGGAAGAAGCACCAGGGCGUCGCGAGGGCCCUCGACAAGUCCAGGAAGGCUAGGCGGCAACUCCUCGUCCUCCUGGCCGAGACGGCUCGCCUACGGACCUCGCUCUUGGCUGCAGCCGAGACCCAGGCUACCUGUUACGAUGGCUCAGCUGCUACGGGCACAGCUUCUAGCAAGCCUGGCGAGGCCAGAGCCCUCAAGGCGCAGAUCGAGACCCUAGGCAGCGCCUUGGCCAAGACACGGGAGCUCGCCAAGUCUCUGGACCGCGAAGAGCCCCAUCUUGGCGACGAAACCUCUAGCAAGACGGAGCAGAUCAACUUUAUCGUCGCCAAGGCUAAAAAGUUCGCUCAGGUUUCUGCAAAGUCAAAGGGGCUCAACGAACUCCUGAGCGAGAUAUCGAAACAUGGAGAGGCCCCAGCAACGGGAAAGCUCUGCCAGGCCCUGGCCAAGACCAAAAAGCUGAACAAAGUGAUGAAGGAGGCAAGCAAGCUAGAAGACCAUAUUAAGCCGCAACAUCACGAGAGGAAAGAAGCGGGUGAAGCGGGCGAGACCCUCGCCGAUUCCAUGGAGAUAGACGACGAGGAUGUCGUCAUGGGCGACACGGACCUUGAUAUGCCAGACUCGCCUCCACCCCGUGAGGGAGGUAAACGGGAGAAAAGGGGACAGCUGCCUACACACAUCUGGCAUGCAAAACGAGCCAAGAUGUCGACCCGGGACAAUCCCUUCUUCAGCAAGCCAACCCCGCUGAACAUGAACACCAAGACUGUGCGCAAGAUGCAUCGAGCUCUCAACACGUCCGCCUUUAUGCGCGACGCAAGUCACCGUGGUUUUAUCCAACUAUCGGGCUCCGCCGAUGAUUUGCGGGCGGUACUCAAGUCCAUAGGAGUACACCCAAAAGGCGCCACCAUGGACUGGGUUCGCGGCUGCCGCGUCUGGGUUGGCAUGAUAAGCGGUGCGGGCCCUUCGGGUCACCUGGAAGACGUCACACCUGCGCGCGCCAUAUGGAACCCGCGUCCGACUCAUACGGUGUCUCCUGAGAUAUCGGGACAGCGCCAGGUUCUCAUCGAGGUUGAGCCUGACACUGAGGGCCGGGCGCUGGAGCUCCUCCAAUACGCGGCGAAAGGCCCCCAUCAGGAGUCAGGGUCCGUGGCUGUCACUGACCUUUCUGCUGAGCUUGGUUGUAUAGACCUUCACGGCCCGGGGGCCACGGCCAAGUUGCUUGGUGUCGUGCGACCACACCAUCUGCCCGACACCACGGGUUACGAGUCGACACAUUGGCGUCUCCUCGCCGCCCUAAAACGGACACAGAUGGAUAUGUUGGGCUACAACAUUUGCCUCGGGCUAUCUGCAGCACCACCGGACAGACCACCGCCUGACAGGAUAGCUGCACCGCAGGAGGGUGCGGAUGACGAAGUCGAAGAGCUUUUGGCCGCCCAGGAGACCUGGGCUACCGAGGAAAACCCGCGGCCAUUCGCUCUCUUCGAUCCCGCUAGGCGAGCCAAAGCUUUGUAUGCCAUACGUCGAAAGCAAGGCCAACCGGCUAGUAAAGUUGGGAAGGACGACGCAGACCCAAUACCCAUCCUGCUUGUCUGCUCCCAUCCGAAAGCCCAUGGACUGGGGGCGGGGUGGACCCUCAUCUGCCAGCGAGAGGCCGUCAAGACCUUCUGGCUACGGCUGGCCAGUCAGAAAACGGGGCCUGGUGCCGCCAGGCCGAUGGAGGUGGCCUGCUUCGAGGAGACGCAUCGGGCCCACACAGAGCGUGGCGUUCCUUUUUUCCCAGUCGACUUUCCGACCACGCGGGCAGGGCUGGCCUGGGAGCUGAAGGAACGAGAGCGCCUCGGUAACGAGUGGGAGGGCCGCCCAAAGGGCAAACGGACUAGCUGGAAAGCACUCGACCUACGGCCGCAGGGCUGCCGGGAUAGUCCCAGCCGCAAGGGCGAGCAUGGGGAUCCAUUCGCCUGUGACUGGGAGUACAUGUUCGCACCGAGAUGCAAACCCAAAGAUGACCACGGCGAGAAUAACAAGAGGCAACAAAACGGACAGCCACCCACGGACCCACCAGCAUUGAAUGUGGAAACUCAUCCUCUAAUGGGCUCCAUCGUCAACGUCAAACCCUGCGGCCUCCGAGACUACAUUCUCGCAGCGACCCGCCGCCUUGACACGAAUGCAGCAAAGCCAACGGUGCCCGAUUUUGCUCUGGUGACUGUGCAGAUCACCAUGUUUGGAGGCGGGGUGCCGAACCCCCGCGCCCGAGUGUACACGCUGCCCGAGCACAAAAACACGGAGAAGCGGGCGCUCCGGGAGGCGUGGCUUGGCGAGUUCGAGUCGGCAAGAGUCGGGAAGCAGCAGGGCCCGAAAAGCGAUAACAGGAGAUUCCCCCAGUUUGCCAGCCUCAAGGAUCGCAAGCAGAUCCUAGCGGCCAGCCUCUUCGGCGGCACCGACGCAAUGGGGGCGGCCGGCGGGGAGUCGGAGCGGAAGCCGCCCGCUCCGCCGCUCGCCGCGCUCGAGGCCGACCUGAUCGGGUUCGUGACGAGUGGCGGCUACAACCUGGCCACGGGCAGGGGGCAGGCUAUAGCGCACCUGAGCGCUGCCAGGGUCGUGGAGCUGGGGGCGACGGCUGCGGACGAGGGGGAGGAAGACGGGAGCUGGCACCGGUGCAUCGUGCGCAACGUCGGCGAGACGCUAUGUCGACCUGCAGUGUGGAGGCUUGUGGAGGAGCACAGGGUCGUUGGGUAGAGGCGGUUCGAUCUGAUGCUGGGCCGCACUGAUUUAUGCUGCUUGGUGUGAAACGCGCCACCCAUCUCCGUCACGAUCCCCCGAGCCUCUGUCCUUCCUGGCGCUUGGGGCGGAGCGAACCAAGAUUGCUGGAAAUUCGGGGUUCGAUCCAGCUCUUCCUUGGUCUCCCAGCCGUCCCUAUCUCCCUUUUUGGCCGGCAAUACGCACAGAUAUGCGGAAUGACGGAAGGGGCGCCGCUUGCUCUCCCUUGACCACGCCGAUGGUCUAGCGUGUGCCUACAGGGUGACCUGGCGUCUGCCUAAUAGCCUGGUGUGAUUACGGGUGAUUGGGACGCAUCCUUUGCGAAAUAAUGAAAAAUAUUAUCCUCGGAUGCUCUGGUUCUAACAAAUCACACACGGUGGAAUCUUGGAGUCUUGUCCAUGCGCCCAAUCCGUAAGGGCUAGUUUGCACUUUCCACGAAUGCUAGGUGUUGGACAUUCUGGUCCCGCACAAAUGCGCCCACGAUGUGCGACGACGCAAGCGGCUGGAGUAAUGGCUUCAAAAGGUGUCAAUGGUAAUAAACAAGAUUGUCUUCAAUGUGUAAAGAGGGCAACAGGAGAAAGAGCGACCGAAAGUGUGGCGCACACUAUAUACAUGCAAGAUUAAGAAAGAAAAAAGAGAGUAAAGAAAGACAAGCAGUGGGACCUGCCGUGCUACCCAGCUCGUCCCUGAACCGG